AUGUAUACAAAAGCUCUUAAAAUUGCAAAUUUUGCUAAGAUGAAAUUGGUUCAACUUCAUCAGUUGUUUGGCUGCGGGAAUACAGAUGUUCCCGUCAGAAAUGCCGUUAAUAAAUUGGCUCUGUUCUUAUUAGGAACGGUGUUUACCCUUGGACCUAUUGGAGAGAUGAUUUCAUACUGGAAAGAGAAGGCAAUAUCGCCCUCUUCAUCUACACGGACUCUUAACCACGGCACCGAAGAGAUAAUCUCUGCCCUCAAGGAUUUCUAUGAUAAACAGAUUCAUGAAAUGAAGGCUGAUCAUAGGAAUGAAAUUCAGGCAAUAAAAAACGAGUGUUCUUCUCUGAAGGAGAUGCUGGAGGAAAAAGACGAAUUUAUUCAGAUAGUUAUGAAGAAGAUUGAAAGGCCCCUGAAGACAGCCACAACAGGUCGAAAGGGCCGGGAGAACAAGAAAGAAGAAAAGGCCAAAAAGGAAAGCAAUGAAUUGGCAGAGGCAAAGAAGGAGAUCGCUAAACUAAAAGAGGAUCUAGAGCAACUCCGGAGGGAGGUGAGAGCUGGACGGAUGAACGAAAAGGAUUCCAGGCAAUCAAGAAAGGGGCCACACAAAGUUGGAGAGGAAAACCUGCAUCCACAAAGCAGAUUCUGGGCAGGAUUUGCAACCGACCUGAACCUCUCUGAGUGGGAUGUCUAUUCAUUGAUGAAGAGAGAUUCGACGAGACAAAAUAGUGACACUGAAGACCAUGGUGAUGAUAGUAAUUCAUCACGAACAAAAAGUAAAUGUCGGGAAGUCUGUGAAAGCGAAACUGUCACGAGGAAAGGGAAUAAAAUGCAGCGUUGGAUUUGGAAAAUGAACAGAAAGUUAAAACGUCAAGCUAAACAUGACCCUAUGUGGGAUGAACGUCGGGAAGAACUUGAAGAAUGGCAAAAGCUUUCGCAUUCAGAGGAAAUACUCGAGGAGGAGAUACAGGACAUACUUGAGGAUAUGGAACAGAUGCUUAGGAAGGAACUAGAGAGGUUGAAUAAGGAGGAAACAGGAGAAGGGGAAAUAGAGGAGGACAUACUUGAGGAUAUGGAACAGAUGCUUAGGAAGGAACUAGAGAGGUUGAAUAAGGAGGAAACAGGAGAGGGGGAAAUAGAGGAGGACAUACUUGAGGAUAUGGAACAGAUGCUUAGAAAGGAACUAGAGAGGUUGAAUAAGGAGGAAAUAGGAGAGGGGGAAAUAGAGGAGGACAUACUUGAGGAUAUGGAACAGAUGCUCAAGAAGGAAAUAGACGAAGUGGAUAUGGAGGAAAUAGAAGAGCUGCUUGAGGGAGACAUAGAGGAGGACAUGCUUGAGGAGAUAGAAAAGUUGCUUAAGGAGGAGCUACAGGACAUACUUGAGGAUAUGGAGGAGGGGCUUGAGGAGGAAGAAGAGGUGCUCAAGGAGGAUGAUCCAGAGGAGAUAUUUGAGGAUACAGAAAUACUUGAGGCGAUAAGGGAGAUACUCCAGGAGGAGAAGGCUCAAAUGCACUCUAAAAGAAGGUGGGGAAAGAAUGCAUGGAAGUCCAUCAUUCGGGAGCAUAAGGAGAGAAAGGCCGACAAAAGGGCCGAAAAAAAACUGAGGAAACAGCAAUUGAUCUCUACAAAACGGAAAGAGGAGAGAAAGACCCAAAGAGAAGCUGAAAACAGGUGGGUCAGUAGGGUAAAGAGAAAUAUCAUGCAUCGACAUGAAGAAAGAAAGCAUCAAAGAAAAUCUGGAAAAGGGAUGGGACUGUGGAGCUUGAUCGUGCUUGCCAAGCUAAAACGUAAGUUGAUGAAGGCAAACCGUAUGGCUGAUCAAGCAUUGAUACAGAGAGAAGCCAUGUCUCUGGCACUGGAGGAUUAUAAGUUUAGGAUAGCUGAACGAGAAAGGAGAAAGGAGGCAAAAAGAUUUCUUAAGGAACAAAAGGAAAGGAGGGCCCAAUCAAAGGCUAGAAAAGACAGGCUGGAGAAGGAAAUGAGAUUCAAAAGGAAGCAAGAGCACAAGAAGAGGAAGGCUUUGGAACGAGAAAUGAGAAAGGAGGCAAAAAGAGCUUUUAAGGAAGAAGAAAAGGAAAGGAAGGCCCAAAUAAAGGCUGAAAAAGACAGGAUGAGGAAUGAAUGGAGAUACAAGAUACAGCAAGAACGCAAGAAGAGGAGGGCUCUAGAAAGCCUUGAAAUACAGCGGAUAAAUCGUGAAUUACAGGAGAUGGUGAGAAGGAAAAAAGACUUGGAUAUGUAUAAAUUACCCUUAAAUUCUUUAGAAGCCCUAAUUCUUGAAUACAUUUGGUUCUUCUUGGAAGAACCUGCAUUGAUCUCUUUGUAUCUGAGACAUCCUACAGAUCCCAAUUACAUCCUGAAUGUUCUGGAGGAGCGUUGGAAAAACAGGAAAAAAGAUAGAAAGACAACACGCUCUUAA